AUGCUAUUUUCAGUGAAUUCGAUAUUCGUAAUGGCUGGAGGUAAAGGUAAAGCAGGGAAAGAUUCCGGUAAGGCUAAGGGGAAAGUGAUCUCAAGGAGUGCAAGAUCAGGUUUGCAGUUCCCAGUGGGCAGAAUUCAUCGUUUUCUGAAGCAGAGGACAACAUCUCAUGGUCGAGUUGGUGCUACUGCAGCAGUAUACAGCGCUGCUAUUUUGGAAUAUUUGACUGCUGAAGUUUUGGAGCUUGCUGGUAACGCUAGUAAAGAUUUGAAGGUAAAGAGAAUCACUCCGCGUCACUUACAUCUAGCGAUUCGCGGUGAUGAGGAGCUCGAUACGUUGAUUAAGGCUACAAUUGCUGGUGGAGGUGUUAUUCCUCAUAUCCAUCGAUACUUGAUGAGCAAAAAGGGACAGCCAGCACCUUCAGGCGGGCAGAAACCGCCAACGGCUUGA